GGGCGGCACUUGAUUUUCGCCCAGUUGAGUGCUGGCUGCGAAGUCGAAAGGUCUUGCCACAAUGCAGAGCCGUUGUCUUAUCUUUGUCAGCUGCCUGCUGGCCCUGCCCGCCGUUUGGGGCUACUUCGAAGGCUGCGAUAACACCUAUACGCUGCAGGCGGGCGCCACCUACGUCGAGUCGCCCUACUACCCCAGUAACUAUCCAGCUGGCACUUCGUGCCGCUACAAAUUCACGGCCCCACUAGACCACUCUAUCACAAUACAGUGCACCAUUAAUUUGCCAUCGAACAAUGGCCAAUGCACCACGGAUAACUUCUGGCUGGACAGCGAGGGCGAUUUGUUGAUGCGUGGCGCUGAGAACUUCUGCGGCAGCGGCACCUUCAACCGGGAAUCGCUCUUCACAGAACUGACCUUCGCCUACAUCUCGACGAGCAGCAGCUCGGGCAGAUUUAGAUGCCAGCUGAAUGUUCAGCCACAGGGCUGCAACUGUGGCUGGUCGGCAACUGCGCGCAUCUCGAACGGCCAAAAUGCCGCAGCAAACGAAUAUCCUAGCAUGGCAGCACUCAAGGAUAUCACCAACAACUUGCCCACCUUCUGUGGCGGCACUAUUGUCUCCCAUCGACACAUUAUAACUGCUGCCCACUGCACUCUGCAGAUCAGCCAGAUCACCAACAUCGUAGCUAUUGUUGGCACCAACAACCUACAAAAUCCUAGCAGCUCUAUUUAUUACGCUCAAUAUGCCUUACAACAGAUGCUGCGGCAUAGUCAAUACCAAAACGAGCCGAAUGUGGUGAAUGAUAUCGCUGUGCUGACCACCGCGUCGAACAUUAAGUGGACACGUGGCGUGGGUCCCAUUUGUUUGCCACCUGUGGGCACUUCUAGUAGCUUUGACUAUGAGGGCGUCGACGUGAUUGGCUGGGGCACAACCUAUUUUGCCGGCCCCACCGCCAGCCUGCUUCAGAAGGUCAAUUUGAUGGUGGCCAGAAAUGCGGAUUGCCAGACGGACUACAAUGACUAUGCAGUAAUCAACUCUGGCCAAAUAUGCACCUACGACUACUUGGGACAAAAGCGCGAUUCCUGCCAGUACGAUUCCGGCGGCCCAGUCAUCAGACGACUCUCCAGGCAAUUCCUUGUGGGCAUCAUCAGUUUUGGCAAAACCUGCGCCGCCACCUCCUAUGCGAUGGGCGUCAAUACUCGCGUCACAUCAUAUGUCAGCUGGAUACGUCAAAAUAUUGGAUAUUCCAAUUGUGCAGUCAGCAUGUAACAACUGAUUAGUAAAAUUGUGUCUACUACUCUAAAAUCUGAAUUGAAACUAAGCUAACA